AGUAUGUAUGGUGCUUAUUGGAUAAUCGUUAUGGAUGCCUGUCGCUGGGCAUUUAUUGCUCGCAUUUAUGCAAUUGGGUAUUCGUGGGCUGCUAUUUGCAGUUUCUGUUAAUGGAAUAAUUUCCACAUCUGAGUAUCUGAAUCAAUUAGAACGGUCAGCCCGAUGUGUACAUAAUAAUUGUUGAUUAUGCUUUAUUUAGCAUUUAUUUGAGGAACGGUGAUAUUCAUAACUUAUACCGAAAGCUUGCCAUAUUUGGGUUUAUUGAACGAUUUGUAUGCUUAUUAACUUUGAAUUCAGAAGCUGGUCAGUAAGGGAUCUUAAACAUUUAUGGUCCGGACUAUACAAGCACUUUUGGUAUUAUGUAUAAUUUCAUAAAAUAUUUCUUGACAAAACAAUUUUAAUAUUCCAUACAUUCAAAGCUUUUGCCAUCAAGAGCUCUAACAUAACAUAACAUAACAUAACAGCAGCAGCUUAACAUGGCGCUAAAGUGCAAAGUCAUGCAUAUGUGCUGUUAGCCAUAUUUGCUUAGCAUUAACAGCGAUAACAGUGAAUCGAUAAAUUGUCUUAUCGAAUUUAAAUGCCGUUGGAAUUAAAUUGAUUUUUACGCGCUAUUUGUGCUUACAAUUUUGAAUCUAGCACUUUUGAAUGAAAUACUUUUGACAGUUGAAAUCGAAAGCCAUUCUAAUUUUAUUUUAAAAACAUGGUUGAAGCCUUUUAGCAUACACAUUUAAAAUCUAUAUUCAAAAAUCCAUAUACUGUUCGUAAAUGGGACACAUAAGGCAAUAUUGUGCCGGUUUGUUGGCAGCCUUCGGUGCCUUCUGCUUGGGCACAUCCCUUGGCUGGUCGGGUCCCGUGGGGCACUCCGUACUCGCGGGUGAAGCAUUUAAGUUUGCGCCCAGCCUGGAUGAAUGGAGUUGGGCUGCCUCGCUGUUUACACUGGGCGCUGCGUGCAUGUGCAUACCCGUUGGAAUAUUGACUUUUAGAUUUGGACGGAAAUUGAUUAUGCUGUUGCUGAUGUUGCCCUGUCUAUUGGGCUGGGUGUGUAUCAUUGGAGCACAACGUCCGUUCAUGCUAUUAAUUGGACGUUUUAUAUUGGGCGCUUCCAUUGGCACCUUCUGCCUAACGGUGCCCAUAUACACGACAGAGAUUGCCCAGGUCGAGACACGCGGCGUACUGGGCUGUUUUUUUCAGCUAAUGUUUGCGCUUGGAAUACUCUUUAGUUUCGUGGUUGGCAGUUUAUGCACAGUAUUUUUACUUAACAUACUGUGCGCCAUUUUUCCGGCCAUAUUUUUUUUGACAUUCAUGUGGAUGCCCGAAUCGCCGGUAUAUCUCGUGCAGAAGGGCAAAACGGAGCAGGCAGAAAAGGCAUUGAAUUGGCUGCGUGGAAAAGAUUCUGAUGUUAGCGCUGACAUGGCUGCAAUGAACGCCGAUAGCAAAAAGGAGAAGACCAACAUUUGUAAAUCAUUGUCGCGCAAGGUCACAAUCAAGGGCUUAUGCAUUACAAUCAUGCUGUUGCUGUUCCAGCAAUUUUCCGGCAUUAAUGGCAUUUGUUUCUAUGUGGCCACCAUUUUCGAGGAGGCCGGCACUGGCCUGUCACCGGCGAUCUCUACCAUAAUAAUUGGCGUGGUCGGAGUGGUUGCAUUGAUACCGGCUAUUUUAUUUGUCGAUAUGGCCGGGCGCCGCAUAUUUCUGAUUGUAUCCGGCAUAUUAAUGUUCCUCACCACCUUCAUAAUGGGCGCCUAUUUCAAGUGGCUAAUGGAGAAAAAGGUCGGCUGGCUGCCCAUGACCGCCGUUUGUUUAUUCGUCUUUGGGCUCUCGAUGGGCUUUGGCCCGGUGCCGUGGCUUAUAAUGGCCGAGAUGUUUGCGGAGGAUGUGAAGCCCAUUUGUGGCGCCAUUGUGGCCACCUGUAGUUGGCUAUUUGCCUUUUGUGUCACCAAAGUAUUUCCAUUAUGCUUGCGGGAUCUCGGUCCGUCAACGACAUUUUGGGGCUUCUGUGUCAUUUCAUUCUUAUCGAUUUUUUUCGUCAUUUUCGUUGUGCCGGAGACCAAGGGCAAGAGCUUAGAUCAAAUCCAAGAGCUGCUCAAAGGCUAAAGGUAUCUGAAUAUUAUAAUCUUUAUAUAUUCGACUGAUCCGCUUCAACAAUUGAUCAUGCUAAUCAAUUGGUCGGUCAGCUAUGUGAGAGUAUACAGAUAUUUAUUAAUAUAUUCGAUUUUAAGAAAGUAAUACCAUUAAACACCUCCUAUCGCAGAGCAAUUUUA